UCCCGAGCUCUCCUCUACUCGCCUCGCUCUCUAAUGGCGACCCAAGCGGACACGGAGGCGAAGCCAAAGCCAAAACCAAAGCCCUUGACCUCCGCAACCUCGAUUUCGGAGGAAUCGAGCUCCCUCCUCUCCUCCUACCUCGGCGUCGGCUUCGCUGUCUUCCUAGGGUUUCUCCCGAAGAACUCCUUAUCGUACGUCGCGUCGCUCCAGUCGCGGAACCGGAUCCUGGCGCUGAAGCUGUUCCAGGCUGAGGAGCAGCUACGGCAGCUGCGGUCGCGGCGGAAGGAGGACGCGAAGGCGAACGCCAGGGUGGUGGAGAUCUUCGCCGGCCACCGCAACGGGUGGCGGGAGGAGGAGCGCCGCCUCUUCGGCGAGAUCGAGGCCGCGGCGGAGGAGAUCGCGGGGCUCCGGGCGCGGCUCGCCGAGGCGGAGGCGGCGACGGCGGAGAUGAGGACGUGCGUGGAGCGGCUCGAGCGGGAGGUGGCGGAGCGUGACGAGAUGAUCGAGCUCUUGGCGAGGAGCAGGGACGGGGAGGGGGAAGACGAGGAUCUCGGGGAGAAGGAGAAGGUAAACGGCGGGACAUGUGGGGAUUUCAGGGGGACGGGGGCGAAGGUUCGGGUUUCGGAGAGGGCGGAUCCGGCGCCGGAGGCCUGCUUCUUGGAGCGCAAUGGGGAGUUGGAGUUGGAUGAGAUCGCCGCGCUCUACGCGCAGCAGAGUGGCUUUGGGACGGAGCUCUUUCCGCCGCAGGUCCAUGCGGCGGCUCCGGUGGUGGCGUCCAAGCCAUGGAUCGAGAGGUCGAACGGGUGGCAGGACACACAAUAUGAUUCACUAGAGUCAACAUACAACAUAAAGCAUCUCGUACCAAGGAGGGAGUCCCCUUGGAAGGUUGAUGGUGAAUCAUCAGGAGUCCCUGCUAAGCUCAAACUACUCGAGCAGGAAUUAAUUAACCUGGAAAAGGUGGGAAAAGGAGAUUUGUCCAAGAUACCAACAUUGAUGAGAAAACAGGCUAAAAGAUAUCAAUCACUUGCUGGGAAAAUUGAUGAUCUGUGCAGAAGAAUGCAAGUUACUGAUCCGUGUGACCCGACCCUCAGCCCUGAGUUCCGAACUCAACGGCAAACUGAAUUCUUGCUCGAAGCAUUCCAGCUCCAAAACCGUGCCACAGAAACAAGAGACAAGCUUAACGCUCUCCAAACUGAGACCGCAAAGUGCAGCUUCGGGGACGAAUUAACAGCGCAGGCAAAGUUGAACACGAGAAGAUCUCUCGAUUCCAUCAGGAGCAACUUCAAGGAAAUUCAGAGAAAUCUGGAGAUAUGGUUGGCGAGAAUUAUGGGCGACCUGGAGGGCAUCUUGGCCCGGGACGGUGCUUCACGCGUAAGGGAUUUCUAUUUAUCUCCUUACCCCUUUGUGCGAUAAAUUUAUGCCACUAUGCAUUGAUCUAGUUAGUAUUCCCUGAUUGACCUUUUGGUGCUAGUUAAGUUGUAUAGGUGACUUCUACCUAUUUCGGAGCACUAACCGCAUUUUGAGAUAUGCGUAGGCUGUAAAUGUGCAAAUGUGAUAUACACGGUGCCUGUUUUUAACGAGCACAUAUGACAUGCGCUUGUAUAUUCUUAACAUUUGAGAAAAAACUUCAUCCCCGCCCAUUGUUCCCCGUAAUUAAGCUCGUUAACUUCGUAUAAACAUGUACCCAUUUUCAGUUCCCACUUACGAGAUAACUAUGUGCUGUUUUUUUUUAA